AUGGUCAUGGAUAUGACCGGUCCAGCUCCAACUCUACAACUUGACAUGUCAAUCACGAACGACCUACACAUCAAAGGCUUCGAGACACUUGGUGGGCAGAUCUUCUACUACAGGCCAAACACAAGCUCAGACCAGCAAAACAUGAAAAAGACAUCUUCACCUGACCUCAUUAUAAUCUGCUCAUGGCUCUACGCGCGUCAAAGGCACAUCGCACAGUAUUCGGAAACCUAUCGUCGAAUCUACCCUCAGUCACGAAUCCUGCUUCUGAAACAAGAUGGUCCCGAUCUCAUAUGGCGACCGAAUGCUUGGCAAAUGCAGGAAAUGAAGCCAGCCGUCAAAGUCAUCAAGGAACUCGAAGCUGGCGCCAAAGGAAGACCAUCGAUAUUGUUACACAGCUUUUCUAACGGAGGUGCCUUCACUAGCUGUCAGCUGGCUGAUGCAUACGCCCUGCACUGUGCAGGCGAAUUGCUUCCGAUCUCGGCGGUGGUCAUCGAUAGUGCGCCAAGUAUCCCCACCGCACGUGUAGGCUGGACUGCAAUGUCGCAAGGCUUUCCCCCGUCCCUACCUGCACCGGUCCUCGGCACCUUAGGGAGGCUGGCGGGCAUUGAAGGCUCAAUGACCGGGUUGCGACGGAAGCUGAACGAUUCUGCUGGGUCGUUUAUGCAGGAAGGCCUGAAACGAGUCUAUAUAUACUCGGAUACCGAUGAGUUGGUGCCCUGGACUCACGUUGAAGCUCACGCGCAAGAAGCGAAAGAGGUCUUGAGGUCGAACAGAGGCGAAGAAGCUGCCAAGCUGGUACAGCUGGAGAAGUUUGUAGGAAGCAAGCAUGUGGCCCAUGCAGUAAUGGAUGGGGAGCGUUAUUGGAACAUCGUCCAGCAGUUGUGGGAAGGCUUGGAGGCCACAGAACAGCCUCAGCAUAAAGAAAAACCGUAA